CUGAAAUAAAUUUUUUUAUUAUUAAAAAUUAUAUGAAUUAUAAUAAUAUAGUUUGUCAUCUCAUUUAAAACUAUAUUUUUAUAAUUAAUUUAUACUUAAUAUUUAACAAAUAAUUGACACAAUAAAUGGCUGAUAAGGAGAGUGAGGAUAGAGUGUCCAAACGUGAUGAGGAGGAGGAGGACGAGGACGAGUACGCUGGGGUCGGAUGCUGUCAUCCGGCCCAUCAGUUUCACCGAUAUUUUUUCAUGGUUAUCAUGUGUUCGCUCGGCAUUGGUAAUUAUUUCUGUUACGAUGCACCGGGUUCGCUUCAAGAACAAACAAUCGCUGAUAUGGACAUUAAUACCACACAAUUUGGAUUACUAUAUUCACUAUACAAUUGGCCAAAUGUAGUGCUCAGUCUGUUCGGUGGGUUUCUGGUGGACCGCCUCCUGGGUAUCAAAUUGGGUGCCAUAAUAUUCGCGUGCUUUACAUUCACGGGACAAUUCCUGGUGGGUUUGGGGGCGUAUCUCAACCUGUUUUGGCUCAUGUGUUUGGGACGGUUUGUGUUCGCCAUCGGCGGCGAGAAUCUGGCCGUCACUGCAAACAUGCGGGCCGUCAAGUGGUUUAAAGGCAAAGACCUGAGUCUAGUGUUUGGCCUGCAGUUGAGUAUAGCCCGGGCCGGCGCUACCAUUAACCUAAACGUUAUGAAACCCAUAUACGACUGGAUCGGCGGCUCGUACUCCGGUCACCAACAGUUGGGCAUUGCUUUCAUGCUCGCAGCGUUGGUCGCCGCUUACGAUCUGGUCAUUGGUAUAGUACUGGCCUUUCGGGACACUUGGGCUGAAAAGAAGCUUAAGAUUAAAGACGUGAAGAGCGAUAAGAUUAGCAUUAGUGACGCCAAAGAAUUUAAACUCAAUUAUUGGACAAUUACUGCAAUUAUUGUAUUUUACUACAUGGCUAUCUUUCCAUUCAUCUCGCUCGGAAUUCCAUUCUUCGCCCGUAAAUUUAAAUUCAAUUCAACCAAUUCUCAUACUGUGGACAGUAUUGUAUACAUGAUAUCAAUCGGCGCCUCACCUAUACUGGGAAUAGUGAUGGGACGGGUGGGCCGUAAUGUAAUGUUCGUAUUGUUGGCUGUAUUGGUCUCUCUGUGUGCGCACGCAAUCAUGUGCUUCACAUUUUUGACCCCAUGGGUGGCUAUGAUUAUACUGGGCGUCGGGUAUUCACUACUGGCCUGCACUGUAUGGCCUAUGAUAUCGCUGGUGGUGCCCGAGCGGACACUGGGCACGGCGUACGGGCUAACUCAGGCCCUCCAGAAUCUGGGUUUAGGUAUUAUUCCGUUAGCGGUGGGCGUUAUUGUCGAAAGCAAGGGUUACUUAGUUUUGGAAAUAUUGUUUUUGGCGCUACUCUCAGUGGCCAUCAUAUUCAUAAUGAUAUUGUUUGUGUUGGAUGAGAAUAAGGGCGGUUACCUGAACAUGACUCCCGACCAAAGGAUCGAGUUCAACGAAAAAAAAAAUGAAGACAAUGUUAAUGAAGCAGAUGUUAAGGAAGAGGAGGACUAUUCAGAUGUGGGAUACUGUCAUCCGGCACAUCAGUGUCACAGAUAUUUCUUCAUGGUAUUCAUGUGUACCCUAGGAAUUGGUAACUAUUUUUGUUUCGAUUCUCCCGGGGCUUUGCAAACACAAACUAUGGAUGAUAUGAAUUUAAGCGCCACUGAAUACGGCUUAUUGUAUUCGCUGUACAGUUGGCCAAAUGUAGUGCUCAGUCUGUUCGGUGGGUUUUUGGUGGACCGCCUCCUGGGUAUCAAAUUGGGUGCCAUUAUAUUUGCGUGCUUUACAUUCACGGGUCAAUUCCUGGUGGGUUUGGGGGCGUAUCUCAACCUGUUUUGGCUCAUGUGUUUGGGACGGUUUGUGUUCGCCAUCGGCGGUGAGAAUCUGGCCGUCACUGCAAACAUGCGGGCCGUCAAGUGGUUUAAAGGCAAAGACCUGAGUCUAGUGUUUGGCCUGCAGUUGAGUAUAGCCCGGGCCGGCGCUACUAUUGUUAUUAACGUUAUGAAACCCAUAUACGAUUGGGUCGGCGGCUCGUACUCCGGUCACCAACAGUUGGGCAUAACUUUAAUUAUCGCAUCGCUUGUGGCCGCGUAUGAUCUCGUGAUUGGUAUAGUACUGGCCUUUCGGGACACUUGGGCUGAGAAGAAGCUGAAGGCUGAGGACGUGAAGAGCGAUAAGAUUAACAUUAAAGAUAUAAAGGAGUUUAAACUCGACUAUUGGCUCAUAACUAUU